CAACGGCCACAAAUAUACCAUCAUCAUGGUCGUCAACAUCCCAUUGCUUUCACUGACAAUUGACAGCAACAGGGUGAACUUUUUUGCCUAAACAACCCAAGGUCUUUACAAAUAGUGAAUUAAARCUACUGUAUCUGGUCGAAGAACAAGUGUAUGCACADUUGUCAUUUUGCGCCACCAAAAGAGGCUUGUAUUUAGAUCAAUAUAAUGGCUUUGCUACCACCUAGUGGACAUGACCAGUUGUAAAASAAAAGCAACAAAAUAAUCUGGCCYUUCAUCUCGCGCGCCCUCCAACGGUUGUGUUGGUUUGUUGACAAGCUCUAAUACCUUGAUGAGCAAACUAGUUUGCUUACAUGAACUAACUGUUCAAUGUUUGUAAAMUAACGUGAUACUAUAGAAAGGUAGUAAGCUACUCUAGUUAGUUCACCACUUCAAUAUGCAGCAGAGAGAAGAUAGCUAAGUGCUGCAAUUAGCUAGCUACCUAAAUUUGAUGCGCUAGCUAGCUACUAGUAACGUUAGCAGAGUAGCUAGAUAUAUCAAAGCUACCGAGCUUUUACUCAUUCUGCGUGUUUAUCUAUCGUAAUACAUACCACCUGCUCUUUGUCACAGCUAUGGAGAAAACCCCAGCGAGGGAUCUCAGCCUAAAACCGAUCGUGAUCGCAGGCCCUGUGAUCAGGGACAAGACGUUUCUGCAAUGGCUGGGCAAGGUCCUAGAGCUCAGCUGGCUUCGGAACAAGGACAUAGAGGCAAGGCCAUAUGAGUUCAUCUAUAAUUUGGAUAGACCCAUUUGCCCAUGUAUCAGUGAUGUUACACAUGACUUUCACACCUACUCCAUGAUGAUAAAUACCUGGUUCAACUCUUUGUGUUUCCUUCAGGAGCGCAAGGGACUGUUGGGAGAGUUGCUUCCCUCCUUCGCUAACGGAGCUGUAGAGAACAACGACUUCCURUCCCUCCAGGAGAUCCUAGAAAAUGUGUGCAGUAGUGUGUGUGUGUGUCUGUGUUUUCUUUAUUUGGGUACAUUUUCUUCUCUCACACACACUUGUCUUGCAUAUACCCCCCCUCAGAUGGAUGUGAACUGUGGGGACUAUGACGGCACCAAACCCCUGCUGAAGGCCUGUGAGAUCGGUAACCUGGACAUGGUCAAGUACCUGCUGGCCAAAGGAGCCUCCCAGCAUUUGAAAGACCGCUUCGGAAACACACCCCUACGCCUGGCCAUUAUCAACAGGCAUUAUGACGUCAUCAAGUUCCUGAGGAUGAGAGAGGCGUCACUGGCUAUGCCCGCAGUGAGGAUCGGCGUGGAGCUGCUGCAGGCGGUUGCCAAGAAAGACUACCAGCUGCUUCAUGCCUGGGCACUGUCUGGAGUGGACAUGGACUCUAAGGACUACAAUGGACGCACGGCCAUGCACCUGGCUGUCAAGAUGAGGGACACAGUCAUYGUCCGCAGGCUGCUGGAGUAUGGGGCAACCCCGCUGGAGAUAGAUAUCUGGGGCCAGACUCCGGUGGACGAGGCCCGUAAAGGCAACAUGUUGAGGAUCAUGCUGGUGUUCCACCCCCUCUUCACUGAGCAGCUCACCACCAAGCUGGCCUACCUGACCUGCAAGGCCCAAGCCCAGAGGAACAAGUAAUGGAAGAAGACCCUGAAUGUGUCCCAAAUGGCACCCUAUUCCCUAUAUAGUGCACUACUUUUGACCAGGACCAUAGGUAAUGAAGUAAACACCGGGCACAUGAUAACAGUUGAAUAAAUCAACUUUAAUUUCA